AUGGAUCGCUGGGGGGUGCUUUUCUUCUGCCUGUGCCUUCAGACUUUUCAGAACGUGACAGCAGAGGCGUCGCAAGAACUUCUGCGCUGGAUGGAGAAGAUGGAGGGGCCCCCCAGGGGCCGCAGCACCACCCCCUCUCUUGCUCAGCAAGUGCACAUCCUGGAGCAGAGGCUGCUGAACGUCAGCCUCGGGGGCUACAACCUGACCUUGCAGACCAGCACCAUCCAGUCUCUGGCCUUCAAGCUGGGCUGUGACUUUGCGGGUCUGUCGCUGAGCAGCGCCGCUCUGAAGCCGGUUCCCCAGGCUCAGCCUGUCCGUGGCCCUGGGCAGGCCCGGGACCACCACGCCAUGCAGUUCCCCGCUGAGCUGACCCGGGACGCCUGCAGGACCGGCCCCAGGGAGCUGCGGCUCAUCUGUGUCUACUUCUUCACAGACUCCUUUUUCAAGGAUGACAACAACUCCUCUCUGCUCAAUAACUACGUCCUGGGGGCCCGGCUGAGCCACGGACAUGUGAACAACCUGACAGAUCCGGUCAACAUCAGCUUCUGGCACAACCAAAGCCUGGAAGGCUACACAGUGACCUGUGUCUUCUGGAAGGAGGGAGCCAGCAAGCGCCACUGGGGGGCCUGGAGCUCUGAGGGCUGUCGUACAGAGCAGCCCUCACCUUCCCAGGUGCUCUGCCACUGCAACCACCUCACCUACUUCGCGGUUCUCAUGCAACUCUCCCCGGCCCCGGUCCCUGCAGAGUUGCUGGCGCCUCUCACGUACAUCUCCCUCGUGGGCUGCAGCGUCUCCAUCGUGGCCUCGCUGCUCACGGUCCUGCUGCACUUCCACGCCAGGAAGCAGAGCGACCCCACGGCGCGCAUCCACAUGAACCUGCACACGUCCGUGCUGCUCCUGAACGUUGCCUUCCUCCUGAGCCCCGCGCUGGCCCUGCCCACCGUGCCCGGGGCGGCGUGCGUGGCGCUGGCCGCCACCCUGCACUACGCGCUGCUCAGCUGCCUCUCCUGGAUGGCCAUCGAAGGCUUCAACCUCUACCUGCUCCUUGGGCGCGUCUACAACAUCUACAUCCGCCGCUACGUGCUCAAGCUCUGCGCUCUGGGCUGGGGGCUCCCGGCCCUCCUGGUGCUGCUUCCCCUCGCUGUCAAGAGCUCGGUGUACGGACCCUACACCAUCUCCAGCAGCCAGGAAAACGGCACGGCCUUCCAGAACGUGUCCAUAUGCUGGGUGCGGAGCCCCCUGGUGCACCGUGUCCUGGUCAUGGGAUACGGCGGCCUCACGUCCCUCUUCAACCUGGUGGUGCUGGCCUGGGCGCUGCGGGCCCUGCGCAGGCUGCGGGCGCGGGCGGAGGUGCGGGGCGCACGGGCCUGCCGGGACACCGUCACCGUGCUGGGCCUCACCGUGCUGCUGGGCACCACCUGGGCCUUGGCCUUCUUGUCCUUUGGCGUCUUCCUGCUGCCCCAGCUGAUCCUCUUCACCACCUUCAACUCGCUCUACGGUUUCUUCCUCUUCCUGUGGUUCUGCUCCCAGAGGUACCGCUCGGAGGCGGAGGCCCAGGCAGAGAUGGAGGCCUUCAGCUCCUCCCAAGCGAUGCCAUAGUCAGGGCCUCCUGGCCUGGAGCCCCAGCCUCCCUGGCUGCCUGCAGACCAAGGCCCUGGCUCCCACCAGGGAAGGUGGCAGGCCUGCUUCUGGACCCCCGAGGCCACUGUGUCCCCCAGGGAGCCUUUUCUACCUCCGUGGCCUCCCCAGGCACCGAGUGCGGGGCAUCGCUCUGCCGCCCCCUGACAUUCUGCUCUGCGGCAGGGCCAAGCCCACCUGGGGGUGGCAAACUUUGUCCUGGUGCCUGGGCCCAGCUGGCCAGGCCUGUGGGCAGAGCACUGGCCUGGGAGGCCACAUUUCAAGGCCUGGCUCUGAGUCUCACUGUAUGUCCUUGGGCCUGUCAUUUCUC